AUGGUUCUCCACAACCCCAACAACUGGCACUGGGUCAACAAGGAUGUCUCCGGCUGGGCCAAGAACUACUUGACGGAGAAGCUUCGUGCGAUUUCUGCCGAGGAGGAUGGGGUCACCGCUAAGGUGUCCAACGUACUGACAAUGGACGGCGACGUAGAUGUCAGCCAGCGGAAGGGCAAGGUCAUUACUUUGUUCGACGUUAAGCUGCAGCUGGAGUAUGAAGGUAAGACUAAGGAAGAAGAGGCUGUGAGUGGAACUAUCACCAUUCCUGAAGUGGCCCAUGACACCGAGGAGGAUGAGUAUGUCUUCGAGAUCGAAAUCUACUCGGAAUCCGCUUCGAAGCAGCCCGUCAAGGAUCUUGUGCGCUCAAAGAUUGUUCCUGAGCUCCGCAAGGAACUGGCCAAGCUCGCCCCGGCUCUAGUAGCUGAACACGGAAAGGAUAUUCAGCACGCCCCUGGUGUCAACCCCUCCAGCGGCUUCACGCCUGCGGCUCAGUACCCUCAUGCUAAGAAGCAAGAAACCCCUGCUCCCAAGUCCGCAACUACAACCACUACCAACAAGGUCGCCGUCAACACCACUACAGUGACCGCUUCGGACGAAUUCCGCACCACAGCCGACGAGCUGUUCAAGACCUUCACAGAGCCCGAGCGUCUCACAGCCUUUACUCGUGGUGCGCCUCGCCAAUGGGACGGUGCCAAGAUCGGCGGCAAGUUCUCCAUCUUCGACGGCAAUGUUACUGGAGAGUUCGUGAAGCUUGAGUCGCCCAAACUGCUGGUUCAGAAGUGGCGCUUGGCUCAGUGGCCCCAGGGUCACUUCAGUACCCUCGAGAUCAACUUUGACCAGAACGAUGUCGACGGUGUUACCCAAAUGCGCGUCUCGUGGGCCGGCGUCCCCGUCGGUCAGGAGGACGUCACGAAACAGAACUGGGAGCUCUACUACGUCCGCAGCAUUAAGCAGACAUUCGGAUCUCGUUCGUUUGUUUUUGCGUGGAAACAGCUGCUGAUUACAAUUCUUGUUCUUUCUCUCGGUAUAGGUUUGGCACUAUUCUCUGAUCACAUACGGGCGUUUGGGGCCAAGAGUGAUAUAGAUUAG